AUACGGUCAAAGAUUUUUGCUCAAAGAAAGAUUACCAGCCGUGAUCAGUAGUCACAGAGUACUUUGAGUAAUCAGAAAUCAGUAGUUCAGUCACAGAAAACUAAUACCCUUUCAGUUGAGUUCAGUAGAUCAAGCUCGCGUUCACAACACGUAUCGUGUUAUCCAACAAUAAACUUUAUUGUUGAAAAAGCUAUAUGUAGGAAACAAGAAUGGCCUUUAGUGGAGUUUGUAAAAUUUGUUUAUGCGUUAAUGUACGCAUGUUUGUGUUAAAGAAGACUGGCCUACAAAAUUUAUAUAAAACAUUGACUAACAGUUUUAUGGAUGAUAGGGAUGUGGGGCCCAUAAUUGUCUGUUUCACCUGUCAUGCAAGACUCAUUCGUUGCAGAAGAUUACAACAACAGGCUAUUGAGUCAAAUGCAGUUCUGGAACAAUUGCUUGCAGGAGGGUCCACGACAAUAUCAAAACCACUUGAGGCAAGAGAUGAGAUUCAAUUCACACCAAUUUGUCAUAUAGAUAUCAUGCCAGUAAAUUGUGAUGUAGAAAAUGAUUGUAAGGACGAAAUUUUUAGCUUUGAAUCUGUUAAAGUUGAGGAAGAGAAUUUCGAAGAUGAUAAUUCCAACUUAGAAGAAAAUGGGAAUCAUGAAAUAGGUCAAUAUAUCACACUGACAAAUAACUUUUCAAAACCGUCUGAGAAAAUGAUUAAAUCAAAUUCAACUGAUAGUAAAAUAAACGAUGUACGUAAAGAAAACCUUGAUUUUGAAAGCCCUAUUAUUAAAUCUAACCCUAAAGAGAAAAAAGAUAAUCAACCAAUUAAUAAAAAAGGAAAGCAAUUUGCAAAGAUUAUGAAAAAUAAAAUUUUGAAUCGAAAGAGUGUAAAUAUACUUACAGAAAAAUCAAGUAGAGACGUUCUCGCCAAACACAUUUCAUACAGUCAUGAGACGCAAAAGAACUCGGACAUCGCUGCAGUUCGGACACAAGGUGAACAAACUCCAGUACCACAACUAAUGGAUAUAUUUAACUGUGAUAUUUGUGAAUUACAAACAUCUCAAAAACGUUGCACUUUGGCACAUCUUAAAGCGCACGUAGCUAAACAAAUGUACUGUUGUAAUAAUUGUGAUUAUAAAAGUAUUAGUAAAGAUAAGUUGCAAUACCAUAUGAAAAUUCAUACCGGAGAAAAACCUUUUGCUUGUAAUAGCUGUGACUAUAAAUGUAUUCAGAAAAGUAAUUUGCAAACACAUAUGAAAAUACACACUGGAGAGAAACCUUUUUCGUGUAAUAUCUGUAAAUAUAAAUGUAUAAGUAAAUCUAAUUUAAAAACACAUAUGAAAAUUCAUACGGGAGAAAAACCUUUUGCAUGUAAUAUCUGUGAAUAUAAAUGUAUUCAAAAAAGUAAUUUGCAAACACAUAUGAAAAUACACACUGGAGAAAAACAUUUUUCGUGUAAUAUCUGUAAAUAUAAAUGUAUAAGUAAAUGUAAUUUGCAAACACAUAUGAAAAUACACACCGGAGAAAAACCAUUUUCAUGUAAUAUGUGCGAAUAUAAAUGUAUACGAAAAGGUGAUUUGAGAACACACGUGAAAAUACACACUGGAGAAAAACCUUAUUCGUGUAAUGUCUGUGAAUAUAAAUGUAUUCAAAAAUGUAGUUUGCAAAGGCAUAUGAAACUACACACUGGAGCAAAACCUUGUUCAUGAGAUAACUGGUAAAAUAUGUACAAGAUUAUGUAAACAUGUCUUAUAUGUUUUCCUCUUUUCUCAAAAUAGUUCAAUGCGGUUUGAAGCAGCAGAUAGCAAGAGCAUAGAUAAAAUAAUUCAGAAAUUGAACAUAAACAAAGCUCCCGGAGCGGACUAGAUUCGCUGUGUUGACAUAAAAUCCUUAUGUGAAAAAAUCACAACAGCAAUUGCAAAGCUUAUUAAUACCAGUGUUCAUUCUUCUAUUUAUCCAUCAGAAUUAAAAGUAGGAAUAGUAAGACCCAUCUACAAAAAGGGGUCGCACUGUGAUUAUGACAAUUAUAGGCCAAUUACAAUACUUCCUGUGGUAGAUAAAAUAGUUGAAAAAUACAUAUGUAUUCAGAUACAAAAGUAUUAUAUAUCAAAUGAAAUUAACAAUUAUUUAGACGACAAGCAACACGUAAUUCUUUUAUUUAUUGACUUCAGUAAAGCUUUCGAUACACUUAAACACGAUUUAUUAAUAAAAAAAAAACUAGAUAAUACGGGCGUUCGUGGGCCUCUUCUCAGGUGGUGUGAAGAUUACCUCAAAGGUAGAAACUACCGGGUGAGAAUUGAAAACGAAUACAGUGAUGAAAUACCUGUCAUUACAGGAACAGCCCAGGGAUUGGUCCUUGGCCCUUUACACUAUCUGGCCUUUGUAAAUGACAUGGUGAACAUUAUUAAACAUAGUUCAGUGUAUCAUCAAUAUGCAGACGAUACUUGCCUAGUAAUAGCUAAUAAAGACAUUACAAGAGCACAAAAUGUUAUAACUCGAUUUUACUAACCUAUGUAUGUGGUCACAUGAUGCGGGAUUAAAUACAAUGAAAACUAAAAUUAUACAUGUACGCUCAACGCAGUCUAAUAAAAAGGAAAGACCAAUAAGAAUACUCGCACACAACCAUGACUUCCUUCAUAGAUCGACGAAAUUAAAUAUUAACUGUAAUUGUACUCAUCUAGAACAAGUUAACAAUUAUAAAUACCUAGGCCUGAUUGUGGACGAAAGAUUCCAUUGGAGUAAACAUGUUGAGUAUGUAUGUAACAAGCUACGGGCUAUGCUAGCAAAGUUUGCAAUACUAAAAUAUAAAAUGCCAUUUCCCAUUCUUGUGAAUCUAUAUAACGCUCUUGCUGAGUCUAUUAUUUCAUAUGGCAUUACGAGUUAUGGAAAAACAUUUUAAACUUACCUAAAUAAAAUACAUAAUCUACAAAUGAGAAUAUUGAAAAUAAUUAAACCUUCAUAGGUUUAAUUAUUUUCAAAGUUAGUUUAGUAAAAAUAAAAUUAUACAGUGAAAACAAUAUUGAAGGAACAUUUAAAUAUUGUAAAGUCUUACCUAUACAUACGAAAUUUCAGAUGCUAAUACUAAUCUAAUAGAACAAUUUCACAAUAAAAAAGUGCAAGUUAAAACUAACCAUAAAAUUAUUACAAGAAAAAUUACACAAAAUAAACUCGUAACAUCCAAAAUACAUAACUUCUAUGGAAAACGUACAAAUAGAUGUUUAAUUCCUACUUUAAUGAACCAAAUCCCCCCUGCAAUACUCUCAGAUUUCAAUGAGGAUAACUACAAAAAAAAAAUUCAAAAAAUAUUUUUAUGAACAGCUACAACGGGAGUAGAUUACAUAAAUGAAAUAUUAUACAUAUAAUUUACAUAUUAUAUACCAUAUAAUAAGCACAUAUGUACAUAUGCACAGGUGUAUAUGCACAUAUCUUUCUUAUAUAUUUAAAUAAUAAACAUGUUUAUUUGUUUAUAUUUUAGUGAGUGAAUUGUAUAUCUAUUUAAAUGCUAAAAUAUGAAUAAAUAAACAAUGAAAAAGUUUAAAUAAUAAAUAAAUAAAAAAAAAUCAUAUCAACUCACACUUUUUGCAGCAACCUGUAUACAGCUUCUGCUAAAUAAUCCGAGCGCUCUCUAAGAACGAUCUAAAUGUCUCGCCCACACUCGUGGGCUCAUCGAAACCUGUUCUCAGGUAAUACGGCCCGGUCAGCGCGGUGAUUUGCAAUUAACGUUGGGUUGUAAUUCAUGAAUUAAAUGUAUACAAUUAAACAUGUACCUAUAAUAAUAUUUGUAAGCAGCCAUAGAUUAGAUGAUUAUAUUAUUUAUUACGUUGUAUUAUAUGUGAGACUGUAACUUGCGGACAAACCUCACGGUUCUUUCAAGUUAAAUAGAUGUAACCCUUGUACCUAUUAAAAUGUUAUAAAUAAAUGAAAAAAAAAAUAUAUAAAUAUAUAAAGUGUACCAGGU